AUGAUGGAGGAUGGAGAAGAUUCCGCAAACGUCGGAUUUCGGACCUGCAUGAAGAACUCGACCCCGCUCACUGCCUUGCAGGUCCUACGAACGCGUAAAGAAAAGUCAAAAGGAAAUUUUUCAAAACGAACGGCAGGCAACAGUUGCGGCAAGCAACAAGGACCCUGUGCUGCAGAAAGCAAUCAACGCGACUUGAACAACUCCAAAAUUUGA